AUGGUAGUUUGCGAUUUGUGGGAGCAUACUCUCCACUCACAGAAAACAUCCAAUCCACAACACCACCGUGCUUUCAUGGAGCUCAGCUUGGACUUGAGUUUGGGCUUUGUCCCCAAACCCAUUUCCCUCUUUUUCGGGGAAGUUUCUGGGAACAGAGACAAGCGUGACAAAGUUGCCACGCUCGACGGCUUCGUGCAGAGAUUGGAGGACGAAUUGAGGAAAGUUGAGGCCUUCAAACGCGAGCUUCCUCUUUGCAUGCUCCUCUUGAACGACGCUAUAGCAAGAUUGAAGGAGGAAAAAGUAAAGUGUUCAAUAUUGCAAGAUCCACCUGCAAGGGAAGAGUUUGUGCCACUGAAAACCAACUCUGGGGGUAACGGAAAUGAAAGAUGUGAGAAGAAGAAUUGGAUGAGUUCAGCUCAGCUUUGGAGCAAUCUGAAAAUAAAAUCGAGGAAUGGAGAAGGUGAUAGGUCUGUGCCAGAGAACCCAAUUAAUGGGAGCUCGUCUGCCCAGAGGAAGGAGGGUUUACAAGUUCCUAGCUUUGGUUUGAUGGGUCAUGCGUCUGAACUGAGUCAUAGCAAUUCCAAGAGUGUUUGUGGAGAUACUAGUUCUGGCUCUUCUUUUCUCCGUGUUGAGGUACAGAGUCAGCCGCAACCACCGCAACAUAUGCAGCAGAAUCCUAGGAAACAAAGGAGGUGCUGGUCGCCGGAGCUUCACCGGCGUUUUGUGGAUGCGCUUCAACAACUUGGUGGAGCACAAGUGGCCACUCCUAAACAGAUUAGAGAACUGAUGCAAGUGGAGACCCUGACAAAUGAUGAAGUGAAAAGCCAUUUGCAAAAGUACAGGCUUCAUGUUAAAAGAUUUCCAGCUUCAUCAGUUGGGCAGGCUGAUAAUGGCUCAUGGAUGGGCCAAGAUGAGUGUGGGGAUAAAUCAAAAGGAAACUUGUCAUCACAGUCUGGUUCUCCACAAGGUCCUCUCACACCUCUCCUCCUAGGAGGAGGCGGGUCUGCUAAGGGUCUCUCAAGCCCUGGACGGAACAGUGUGGAUGCAGAAGAUGAGCAAUCAGAUUGCAGGAAUUGGAAAGGAGGGCUCCACCAGCACCUUGAAGCUGAUAAUCAGAGCCUCUAA